AUGAAAGUCAUGACCAGCAGCAGCACCAGCAGCAGCACCAGCAGCAGCAGCAGCCCCCCUGCGGCGCCGCGCCCCCAGGGGACCUGCGUGGUGCUGCUGCACCACAGGGCGGCGGCGGCUUCCCUCGGCGCCGGCGUGGGCGGCAGCAUCGGCGAUUUCGACGUGAGGGUCGCCGAGGCGAACCACGGAAUGAAGGCAAUGCCGCUUUUCGUGAUCCUCGCGGUCACCGAGUCGGCGCGGGAGGUGGACGCGCUGAGCCAGUACUUGCAGGACUGGAAGCUGCACGACGCCCGGCCGGCCAAGCUGGUGCAGGCCGUCGACGACAGCGAGGCGAGCCUCGCGGACGCCGUGCAGAGCAUCGCCGAGGAGCUCAUCAACGACCAGGCUCGGUGCCAGAAGAUUGACAGCUUCCUGGAGGAGCAGAGGUUCAAGACCGGGGACGUGAACCAGAGGAAGCCGAACCGUAAGUUCAGCAUGCGCUAUGCCUGCCCUCUGCACGCUGCCGUCCGGGCCAACAACCUGGAGGCCGUGGAGGCGCUGCUGGAGUCGGGCGCAGAUCCCCGCGUUGAAGAUUCGGAGAAGCUGACCCCCGUAGCGUUGGCGCACCUGCUCAACCGAGACAUGUCCCACGAG